ACAUGAACAGAGCUAAAUCUAAGCCAAGCGGAACGCUGGCACAGUUAUAAAAGAAAGGUGCCAUAUAGAAAGUGAGAAUAAGGUGAAAUUGUAAGAGACCGCCAAGCAUCUACGACGUCGAUUUUUUUUCAUUCAUCUUUUGGUAAGGAUACACAGGUCGUUUAUCAAUUUGGCGCAAUCGUGCCACAAUGUCGUGCAAGUUAGGUGUAUUUCUGUUGGUAGUCCUGGCCCUGAAUGCCAGCUCGGAGGCAUGGUUGGUUAGUAGUUUCGUUCCCAAAAUUAUUACAAGUGUUAUCCAGAAAGUUACAUCCAAAUGUCCCGAUUAUCCGGAUUACACUGAGAUAUGCGACUUAAAAAAGGAAGUCAAGUCCCUGCAGUCGGCCGUGCAAUCGAAAGUGAAUCUGCGUAAUUCUGAAUACAACAGGUGCAAAGCUAAGAGUGAUAAACUAAAAGAGAUUCAGACAGAAUUCGGCAAAGUGGUGGAACUUUACAAAGAGAUAACAUUCCGAGUGCAUCAGAUGAUCUUCGUGGCCAAGAUGAGAGGACAGUAUGGCAACUUCGACUCGUCCACUCCCUUGGCCGAGAUGGCAGAGAUAAAGAGCACCCUUGAAAAACUAAAGAAACUGAAGACAGACAUUGACACAGGCGUAGAAGGAUUCAUCUUGGACUUUCUUGAGAACCAAGUCAGCGAUAUUGUCGGUAUGGUUAUCCCUCUGCCAGCGUCUGAUAUCUUGGGUUGGUUCGGAAUUUCAAGUAACAAAGACAAGCAGAGGAAGUAUCGAGACGAGCUGAAGAAGGCCAAGUCCGACCUUCAGAAUUCCCAAACCUCAGUCACGCGAAGUCUCGCGAGAGUUCAGUCAGAUUGUAAAUUGAUCGAUGAUUCCUGGCCAAAGAUUCGUGCAGAAAUUUCCAGAUCUCUGAAGUCGGUGAUGACCAUGGGCGCGGACCUGAAAGAGGCCUUCCCUGAUUUGGGCAUCAAGCUCCGCACGUUGAACACCAACAUAGUGAAUUUCAUCACAGGUGGUAGUUACUCGGAGGCCAAGGCUAAGAUAAUGCUCAACUUCGUCAAAUGGGAGCUGAAGUACAUGCAGGAGGAAUUUUAUCCAAAGCUGAACAACGCAAUGAAAGACAUAUUCGGAACCACGGACAAAGACCAACUGGCCAAACUCAUACGGAUUGCAGAUGAUGUCGCAAAACAGAUGAAGAUCGACGCCUCUUUGGACGCCAUUAUGUCCACCAUUGCGCCAAUUGACGCAACGCUCAGUAUCCUAGACAUCCUCCGUAUGCAGGCGAAACUUUUCCCCAAACGCAAGUGCUACAGAAUCUACCCCUUUGCGCCAGCUCGAAACAACCAGAAACACCCAACAUAUGACGUCACUACCACGCAGGCGUUGUACUCCAUCCGGGACGCCAUCAAGAACGGGCUGGCGUUUGCUCCCAACACGUGCGCUGGGGUGGAUGCUGUGAGGAAGGUCACCCUUGCGAAGGAGAGCCAGAUGACAAAUGCUCUGUUCAAUUAUUUGUUGAAAACGAUCGAUCCAAGCACCACGUGUGCUCCCGGCGUCACAGGGGACAUAUGCGCAUAGUCGACCCGAUGACGUAUCUAUGACAAGUCAACGUUGGUCUUUGUUAUGCUUCCAUAAGUAACUAGUGAAAAUAUUGAUGACUUUAUUUCUUGUUCAAUUUUCAAAGUAAAUUCUACCAGGGUGUGCAUACUCCUACCGCUUGCCGCACAAAUUAAAGUGAUGAUUAAUAUGAGAGGCUUCUUGUUUUAAUCUGAAGAAUUGUUAAUAAAUGUACUAACCAUGGGAAAUAAGAUGUACAAUGUUGUAUUUUUAAAGCAAUGUUUCACUUAAAGGAAGACGUCACUUUCUGUGGCCGGCCAUUUUUGCACCAGUGACGUCAGAAUCCUAUUGAUGCUCCGCUCGUCUGUCGUAUUGCACAGGGGCAAUCAAACUGGCCAUAUAACAACUGCAUAUGAUUAAGCACUAUCAUUUAGUCAUUUUAGGCCUCAGAAAGUGACGCACCCCCUUUAACAUUUUCUCCACAGUCUGUCCCGUCGAUCAAGUUUCUCGGUGUGCUGUGAUGUUUUGUAGACGUGACUUGUUUGUCGUAGAAAAAGUUAGAUACUUGUAAUCAAUUUUCUUAUGCCGUUCCGUCAAAAUUUCGGUAAAUUCUUGUAGACUGUUUGCUGCUUAUGUUUAGAAUUCUCCAUUAUCAAAUAUUACAGGUGAAUGAAUCUUUGAGCUAAUUUAUAGUAACUUGUACUCUGUAAUAUUUUUCUGCAGUGAAAUAAACUUUACUUCCGACUUCCAAAAUUA